UUUUUGCCGCGUGAGCGGCAAGGAGACGCUGGGGAAACCGUAUCUGAUGGGGAAACGCGAAUCGACGUAACAGCGGCAACGUUUACGUCUACGGUUGUGUUACAAUAUAGACAAUACCGCCACCUGCAGGAGUGGAGGCUAAAGUCAUAGGACGGAACAUGUGUGCUGAUCACAGCUUUGUGCGGUAGCUACUGCGGGGUAAUGGCAUGGUUAAUCAGUUAGAAGCAAACUAUCAGCCGUGUUUUCUUGCGAAACUCUUCCGUGUUCUACCUGUCCGGCCUGGAGAGCGGGGCGCUGCCAGGCUUUAAGAGAGCGCUGCUGCUAGCCAAGCUAACGUCAGCUAACCACUGCCAGCGGUAGACGCUCGGGACAAAAAAUGGCCACUGUUUCUAUUCCUGCCUGCACCACUGCACUUUUACUGGACAUCGAGGGAACCACCACGCCAAUCACGUUUGUUAAGGACAUACUGUUUCCUUAUAUCGUAGAGCAUCUUGAGGAUUAUCUGUCCACGCACUGGGAGGAAGACGAAUGCAAACAAGAUGUUCACCUGCUCAAAAAGCAGAUCGAAGAGGACAUGAGGCAGAACCGGGCGUGUCCUGUCCACGCCGUGGAUCAAACGGUUCACACGGAUGAGGAGAAGGCCAUCAGAGAGGUGGUGGAGAGCGUGAUGUGGCAGAUGGCGGCGGACAGGAAGUCCACAGCGCUCAAACAGCUCCAGGGUCACAUGUGGAGGGCAGCUUAUACUUCUGGGAGAAUCAAAGGCGAGAUUUACCCUGAUGUGGUUCCGUCCAUCAAAACAUGGCGAGAACAUGGCCUGAAAGUUUACAUUUACUCCUCUGGAAGCGUGGAGGCUCAGAAACUCCUGUUCGGAUACUCAGUGGAAGGAGACGUUCUAGAUCUUUUUGAUGGUCACUUUGACACCACAAUAGGAGCUAAAGUAGACAGUAAAAGCUAUGAGAGGAUCGCAGAGAGGAUCGGCUGUCAGCCUGAAGAAAUCACCUUCCUAACUGACGUAAGCAGAGAGGCCAAAGCAGCAGAAGAGGCCGGGCUGAAUGUCCUGGUGGUGGUCCGACCUGGAAACAUGGAGCUGACAGACGAGGAGAGCGCUCACUAUAACCUCAUUACCUCCUUUAGUCAACUUCAGCUGAUGGGGCGAGCUUAACCCAGAUCCACCUUUUCCUCCUCUUUGCAUCCCCAAUGUUUUGUUUAACUACUCUGGUGUUCUUGUUUUUGACUGCUGGGAGUAACUGGGACUCUUUUUGCUCACCAUGUGGCUAAUUACAGAGCCUUGAACAAGUAUUCACACUCCUUAAAUGUUUCCACAGUUUAUUGUUCACAACCACAAACUUCAGUGUAUGGGUUUUUUUUUUUGUGAUGGACCAACAAAAAGUAGUGCAUAAUCAUGAAGUGGGAAGAAAAUGGGUUGCAAAGUUUUCAUUUUCUAAUAGAGCCAACGUUUGGAGUAUGUUUCUAUUCGUAUGUUGUUUCUUUACAAAAUAUCUUAGGCUCAGUCGGAUUGGAUGGUGAGUGCCUUUGAACAUAUUGCUGCCGCCACCAUGUUUGAUUGUGAGGAUGGCGUUUGCUGUGUACCCAACAUGGCUUGAAGCAAAGAUUCUUAGUCGAAUUUAAGCCUUUACUUUAACUGGACUGUUCUGACAUGUGAAAAUGCCUUUAGGGUCCUGCUGGAAGGUCAAUCUCCUCCUGUCUUUUCCAGGCUCCGACAGGUUGUCUUCCAGGAUUGUCCUUUUUUAGCUUUAUCCAUCUUUACAACAAGAAUUCCCACAGCGUGAUACCACCACCACUAUGCUUCACGGUGAGAUGAUGUGUUCAGAGUAAUGUGCAGAGUUAGUUUUCCUUCUCACACUUCUUUAGAAGAAGUUUAACAGUUUGUUAAACCUCUCUACAACCUUCUCCCUGACCUGUCUGCUGUGUUCCUUGGUCUACAUGAUGGUGUUCAUUCACUGAUGUUUUCUAACAAACCUCCGAGGCAACAAACAAAGGAGCUGGAUUUAUAUUGAGAUUAAAUGACACACUGGCUCAUUAGGUGACUUCUGAAGGUAUCUUGUUGCCCUAGAUUUUAUUUAGGGGUAUCAGAGUAAAGUUGCUGAAUGCAAAUUCAUGCCACAGUUUUCGGAUUUUUAUUGACUAAAACUGUUUGAAAACCAUGCAUCAUUUUCUUUCCACUUUAUUAUAAUGCACUCCUUUCUGUUGGUCUAUCCCAUAAAAUCCCAAUAAAAUACCUAAAAGUUUGGGACUAAUGAAAUAAAAUGUGCAGAAGUUGAAGGGGUGUGAAUACUUUUGCUUGGUGCUGUAUAUCCAAACCUUUUAAUAGUCAAUUCCUUCUUUAUUUGUACAGUCUUGUAAUACCUAAAGUGGAAGAUCACUGUCAUGACAGCCUGAAAGGGACUGGGAACCUGUUGAUAGGUGCUGUAUAAUCUUAAAAUAUGCCUGUAGAAAGCUGCACAUGAACUGUGAGGGUACUGUUAAUGUUUUAACUGUUAGAUGAACUGUGUCUGCCACUUUCCAGCUGUUUGUAUAAGAGUGUAAUGUAAAUGUUCCCAUCUGCCUGUAUAAUGAUCAGACAUGCUUCAGUUAAACGUCGUGAUCCUGUUUUAGAAAGUAGAAGCACUUUGCAGUAGUGCUGACGGAAAGCUCUCACUUCUACAGUUUGAAAGUCCUAACUCAUCCCCUCGCAGGUGGAAGGUGUCUGUUUAAAAUGUGCCAUCUGUGUUAUCUGUGAUGUAGACGAUGGAAGGACGAAAACAAUCCUAAGCGAUGUCAGACUGACGGUCAAAUGUGUAAACUAGGGUUGGUUUUAAUCCAGAAAUAAAUACCUUCUCCCACAAACA